AUGGUCAUGACUUCUCCAUCACAGUCAACAUCCAAAAAUGGGGUAACAGUGCACGAAAUGAAAGCAAUUCGGCUGGAGUCAUGUCGCAAAAUAUUCAUUCCUAGGGAUUAUGCACAUGGCCUCAACGUUCAUUUUGAAACGCAAUUCCCUCUGAUUUUGCGUGGAAAGAUCUCUGAACGAACUUGGGAAACUACCAUUGACACGAUCAACUCAAUUUUUGCCGAAGCUGAAAAGGUAUGUUUCGCUACCAUACUCGAAACGAUAUUGGGUUGCGUAACUUGUUAUUGUUCCCGUUUAGUAGCAGAAACUAUAUAUCAAAAGAAGAUGACGAAACUUAACGAAUUUCUUGACCGAGAGAAUCAAGGGACCUACAAUCCAGCAGGAUUACAUAUACUAAGUCCCAUGGAGAGGGGCCUUCGUACGAUCGAAAUCUGGAUUCUUUCUGAAUCAUCUUCUGACGCUAAUCCGGCGCGAUCAGAAACAUCUGGUGUUUGUAUUGUGUAUCCAGAGUCGGGUUUACCAUGA